CGGGAGGCGCGGGGGGAGCGGCUCCCCGUCGGUAAUAAGCCCCUUGCAGGUGGCGGAGGCGGUGUGCGGGGCUGGCUGCCGCCAUGAACCCCGGCGGUGGCGGCGGGGGGGUGGCGCCGGCUUUCCCCGGCCCCGUGCAGUUCCCCGGCGGCACCACGGUGCUGGUGGAGCUCACCCCCGACAUCCACAUCUGUGGCAUCUGCAAGCAGCAGUUCAAUAACCUCGAUGCCUUCGUUGGGCACAAGCAGAGCGGUUGCCAGCUCACUAGCGCAGCGGCCGGGGCCACCAGUACGGUCCAGUUUGUGUCAGAAGAAACGGUGCCGUCGACACAGGCACAAACCACGACCAGGACCAUCGCUUCGGAGACCCAAACCAUCACAGUUUCUGCACCAGAGUUUGUUUUUGAGCAUGGCUAUCAAACGUACCUGCCCAGUGAGAGCAGUGAGCCUCCAACCGCUGCUAUCGUCUCUACGCCACCAAAAGCACGUUCGAGAAAAUCCAAUUCCUCACUUACACAGAAGAAGCUAAACUGCUGCUAUCCAGGUUGCCAGUUCAAGACUUCCUAUGGCAUGAAGGAUAUGGAACGUCACCUACGAACACACACAGGAGACAAGCCCCAUAAAUGUGAAGUUUGUAGCAAGUGUUUUAGUCGAAAAGAUAAGCUGAAGAUGCAUAUGCGUUCUCAUACCGGGGUGAAGCCUUACAAAUGCAAACACUGUGACUAUGCAGCUGCUGACAGCAGCAGUCUCAACAAGCACCAGCGCAUUCACUCCAAUGAGCGUCCUUUUAAAUGCCAGAUCUGUCCUUAUGCAAGCCGCAACUCCAGCCAGCUAACUGUACAUCUCAGAUCCCACACAGGAGAUGCUCCAUUCCAAUGUCAGAUGUGUCCUGCUAAAUUUAAAAUCAACUCAGACUUGAAGAGGCACAUGCGUGUGCAUUCUGGUGAGAAACCUUACAAAUGUGAGUUCUGUGAGGUGCGGUGUGCCAUGAAAGGAAAUUUGAAAUCACAUAUUCGUAUCAAGCACAGCAUGGAAAAUACUCUCAAGUGUCCAGAGUGUGAGUUUCAGUGUGGAAACAAAACAAGCCUUCGGCACCACAUAAGAACUCAUCAGCCUGAACAACCAGUGAAGUGCUCAGAGUGCAACUACUCUUGCUCCAACAAGGCAGCUCUGAAAGUGCAUGAGCGAAUUCACUGCAAAGAUCGUCCUUUCAAAUGUGAAUUCUGCAGCUUUGAUACCAAGCAGCGGAGCAACCUGACAACACAUGUGAGGAAAGCUCAUGGUGACAAAGUCAAGACCAAGAAGCAAACUAUGGAGAAGAAGGAAGGAGAUAGGCCAAAGCAAGGUGGCUCCAGGCAAGUUGCCAAAUUGGAUGCCAAGAAAGCAUUUAAGUGUGACCUGUGUGAUGCUUCCUUUGUCCGAGAAGAUUCUCUUAGGAGUCAUAAGAAGCAGCACAGUAUGUAUAAUGGAUCUAAAAAUAACGAACUGGCUGUUCUGCAGCUCCAGAUGGAUCCCAGUCGGCAGACCAGUGCCCCAAUUACUGUCAGCCACCUCCAGGUCCCACUUCAGGCUGCUCAGGUUUCUCCAUACAAUGAGGGAAGGGUCAAGAUCAUUGUGGGUCACCAGGUCCCUCAGACUAACAGUAUUGUUCAGGCUGCAUCGGUGAAUGUUGUGCCUCCUACGUUAGUUACCCAGAAUCAGGAAGACCUUUCGGCCAAUAGCCGCUUGCAGCUGCUGGGCCAAGUCAGUUUGUUGGCACCACCUCCGCCUCCCAUAUCUCAAAGCGAAGCAGGGCCUGUGGCACAGCCAGCAGUUCUUCUCACAACCCAUGACCAAAGCGAUGGAAGCGCUUUACAUCAAACUCUGAUUCCUGCUGCUUCUGUCAGCAGUCAUGAGGCUUCAGCAAACCAAGCUUUCAUCACCAGCUCUGGAAUCAGCUGCUCUGACUUAGAAGGUCUUAAUGCUUUGAUACAAGAAGGAGCAACAGAAGUGACUGUGGUUAGUGAUGGAGGUCAGAGUAUAACAGUGUCCACUUCAGCUCCCCCUCCUCCUAUCUUUUCUUCCUCUCACACAGAAGCCCCUAAGCAGACCUAUUCUAUCAUUCAAAGUGGAGCCCAUACAGCUUUGCUGUGUCCAGCAGACUCCAUACCAGAUUAGUCGCAGAAUACUAUUACUAAACAAAUUUCAAUCUCAGAGGCAAUGCUGAAUUCAGCAGAAACGCAUAGGACGUAAGUGAAUGCAGGAUUUUUCCUACAAAGCCAAAUACCUUUCACUUACACAUUUUACUUGUCUGUACAUGGAAACAUACAUCUUGUAUGUGAAAAAGAGGAUGUGUAUAUUUAUGUGCCUCUGUGGAAAUCAGAUGCUGUGCUCUGUGUAAAACCUGAGUAUCGAAGCAACUGUUGGCAAUUUCACCAAGCAGUAAGCUUCCCAGAACAUGAUUCUUAUAUUGUGCUGGCAAAAACAAGAAAGCCUCAGCCUAUGAUGAAUUACCUCCACAGUAGACCCGUUCUUUUAUGCACACACGAAAAGGUAAUAGCCGAAGCCAUUCUGAAGUAUGUUUUUUAAGUGAAGUCUAUUUCAAUUAUAUGCUAUGUAUGCAUUAACUGCACCUGGCUGAUUGUUGAUCUGUAAGAAAUAUCUACUACUGGGUCUAAUGCAGCCUUAGUGACGUUUAAGGGGGCUGUUCCUUAAUAUCUGUAGAAGUUGCUAGCACCUGGCACUGAAGUUGGAAAUGCUUAUGCAGAAGACUAGGUGAUGAGGCUUAGAAAACAAAAGAAUUUUGUCCGUCCAUUAGUAAUAGCUAACUUUGUUAGCAAGAACACUAUUGCAAAUUAUAUAUAUGGCACAGUGAUCUCUCUCAGAGGCACCUAUAUUUUAAACCACAAAACAACUGCAAAUAUAUUUUUUACAAACACUACUUAAAGUUUUGUUUUUAUUUUGAUGCUGCCUGUUUGUAGUUGCGUGGGUGGUAAAAGUGCAUGAGAUUUUGGCUCUCUUCAGGUUAAAGGGGAAAAAGGAAAAGAUAGAAUUAAUUCCAUUUAAAAUAAAAGUUCUGGUCUGAAACUAGCAUAAAUUCAGACUGGAUCACAAUGAGAUAGCAAUUUACCAUUAUAUGGUGCACAUUUCUAUAAUGAAUGAAUUCUAGGCUGUAUUUUGAACUAUGCAAUAUUAUAGCCCUAUCUGGUGAGCAUUCUUGUAGAGGUAAGUAAUAAUAUUUUCACAACUAAACUGCCUGGUUAAAGAACAGACUCUCAGCUUGGGAAAGCAGGCAGUUCUGUAGGUACCUGGAUCUGCAAAAAUCAGAUCAUUUCACAACCAGGCAGCAUCCCAAGGACAAUUGUUAACAUACAGGAAGACUGA